AUGGCCGAUUCCAGUGACUUGGAUCGGCAAAUUGAGCAGCUAAAGAAAUGCGAAAUUAUCAAGGAAGCUGAGGUCAAAGCCCUUUGUGCCAAAGCACGAGAAAUCCUCAUCGAGGAAAGUAACGUGCAGCGUGUCGACUCGCCUGUGACAGUUUGUGGAGAUAUCCAUGGACAGUUUUACGAUUUAAAAGAAUUAUUCAAAGUAGGUGGAGAUGUGCCAGAGACGAAUUACCUUUUCAUGGGAGAUUUUGUGGAUAGAGGUUUUUAUAGUGUUGAAACGUUUCUUCUUCUCCUUGCAUUAAAGGUCCGUUAUCCUGACAGAAUCACGUUGAUAAGAGGAAAUCAUGAAUCACGACAGAUAACGCAAGUUUACGGCUUUUAUGAUGAGUGCUUGCGCAAGUACGGUAGUAUAACGGUGUGGCGGUAUUGCACAGAGAUAUUUGACUAUUUAUCAUUGUCUGCUAUCAUUGACGGCAAGAUUUUCUGCGUUCAUGGUGGAUUGUCGCCUAGUAUUCAGACACUGGAUCAAAUCCGGACUAUAGACAGGAAACAAGAGGUUCCUCAUGACGGGCCAAUGUGCGAUUUGUUAUGGUCCGAUCCUGAGGAUACUCAAGGCUGGGGUGUAUCACCACGCGGUGCCGGUUACCUCUUUGGUAGUGAUGUAGUUGCGCAGUUUAAUUCAGCUAAUGACAUCGACAUGAUAUGCAGAGCUCAUCAGUUAGUGAUGGAGGGCUACAAAUGGCAUUUCAACGAGACUGUAUUGACGGUUUGGUCUGCACCAAAUUACUGUUACAGAUGUGGUAAUGUCGCCGCGAUACUGGAAUUGAACGAACAUUUGCAGAGAGAUUUUACGAUAUUUGAAGCAGCACCGCAGGAAAGCCGUGGGAUACCCAGCAAGAAGCCGCAAGCGGAUUACUUUUUAUAAACGAACUAUAUUGUAGACUACACAAAAGAAUCAUCGGAAUCGCGUCAAACCAAGCCACGGGAUUUGCUUUUUCUUUGCGUCUCUCUUUCCGAACAGUUUGUGUGAAGGACACUGGUUGGCUUACUAUUAUUUUGUAUGGCAACAAGACUUUAAUGAAUAGACCAUUGGUAAUCUUGUAAGAAGCAUUUGAAUAGAACUGCGGUGACACGUGUAAGGAACCGAUGUAAAAUAAAGUAAAACUCACCUCUUCGUAUUUAAGGAGGUGAUAUGACACGUUAUCGCACAACGCAAAUUUCUGAAGUAAAUUUUCGAUUAUAUAUAUAUAUAAAAUGUCUUAAAGUACACGGAAAUUUUGCUUUAGCAAAAGAUUUCAAUAAAUUGUUCAUUAAAUAAAAAGACCUUUUUAAUAUCGA